AUGUUGCUCCGACAUCGCGCGCCGGGGACUGUCGGAGCUCUCGGAACGGUCUUCCGGUUGCACAUCAGGCCGCUCGGCCAAGCCGCCGCCGCCGCCGUCGCGGCUGCCCCACCGGAGAUCUUCGAGGGGCCCCUCGAUUAUCUGGAAGGCUUUCCUAGGCCUGAUCCCAAGCACGACGAGACUAUAAUCGGCGUCCCCAGAGCUAAGUCUGGGAAGAUAAUAUCGGCCAAAGAGAGGAAAGGGUGGCGCGUGCCAAGCAUCGUUUUCGAGCAGGAAAAUGGGCAGGAGGGCGGUAACAAGCGCCUCAUCUCCGUGCAGUCGAAGCAGAUCCGGAAGCUCGUUGAUCACCUUGGGUACCAUUUCUUCCUGUCCAGGCUGUUCAAUCUGGAGGUGAGGUCGGAGUUCGACGACUCGGGAGAGGUCAUUGAGAAAGUCCGUGUCCUGCCUCGAAAGGUACAUAGACGCUUACGAUGUUACAUUGGUAGCUUAAAGCUCAUUAAGAAUUGACAGAUAUGGUUUCUCAUGCCAUUCUUACUCGGAGAAAAGCUGCUUACCUGAUUCCCAGUUAUUUCAUCCCUCGUCCGCUGUGGGUUUGCGUACGGAAUCGAUGCGCCUUGUUCUCUACUAAUGCUAGAAAAAAUACGAGUGUGACCUUUUUGGUCUGGAAUGCGAUCAACCCUGACUCUCUCCCCACUUUAUUUAUUCUGAUGAUUAUACGGAUGUCUUGUCGCAGCGUCCACGGCCAUGUUGCAAUACAGAGACGCAGAAUCUGUGUAGAUUUGUUCUUUACCAAUUAAACUAUGAGCUUCUUGGGCCAACCUUGUGUGUUGUUCCUAUGCCCACGCUUGAGUCUUUGUGCACUGAGAUUUUGGAUCUUGAUGACGAAAAAUGAGGAUAAUAGCAUUGUAUCGAUUGGCAUUGUCGAUGAUCAAACUAUAUCAAGAAAAAUGAAACUAUGACAUGUGUAUAGAGAGGAAGCAGCCUAGAAUCUUUUGAAAUUACUAUGCAUGAUGCGACCAGAGUGAGAAUGCUUCAUGGUGGCGACUUUCUUCUUCAUCAUGUGUAUGGAAGUGACGAAUGACUAAUUACUUGUUUCUGGGGAGCAUAUUUUGGCUCUUCUGCGUUAAGACUGGUCUGCGAGUUGCAGCUGCAACGUAUGUAUAUAUUAUCAAUGCUAAAUGAGGUUUCCUCAGGAUCCUCUUUGAAGGGCAAUAAUUCUCACCUUCUAUCCAAUAAAGUUUUAGAAAAGGAAUCACACGAAGGGGAAGGAACUUCACAAAUAGUGAAAGUAUGCUACAUGUGGAUAUUAUCUCGUGUUUUUCAAUAUUUCUCUAAUCUCCUUGCCUUCCUCUUUCAUAGUACCUCUGUUAAUGAAGGAAUAUUGAAUUUUGCGUCGUCCUUUAGGUGUUUUAGGUUAGAGCUUUGCCCUAUUCUGUUUCUUCAGGCAUUUCUGGCAGUCUCUAAGCUGUCAUUGGUGUUUGCUAGAAAACACUUUGAAUUACUUAUGAAUUCCACAUCCCGGAAAUCUAAUGUGUGAAAAAAGUGAGACAUUGUUUUGGGUUUACUCUCAAAAGGUCGUGGUUUCUUUGUCUUGAUUACAUAAUAAUUUUCUCUCUUUAAUUCAUCAGAGUGAUGGAAGCCUUCUAAAAAUGUGGUGGGGAUUCCUUGAUCGGUUUCAUGAUAUCAAAUCAGUUGUAUAGGUUUAGUUGGUCAUAAGCUUUAUAUACUCUGCCUUUCAAAAAAACCUUUAUCCAUUUCAAUUGUUUAUAUUUGAAAGGUAAAAUUUAUUUUGCUUUAAUUUCCGCGGGAUAUUCUUUAUUGCCUUUUUUAUCGAUCUAAAUCUGUGUUUAUGGAACUGCAAUUUUCUCAUAGUAACGAUGAUAUGAAAUAAAAGUAGUCAAGGGUUGAAUAUUAUGCUUAUGUGACUUGCUUUUCGACUGCUCUUUCGCUCCCGCCAAUAUCGGCUUAUUAUUAUUGAAUAUAUAAUCAUAGUAAUUAUAGAUUAGUCAUUUAUUGUUCUGAAACGUGCCAUUUUAUACUGCAGCUGCAUCUGCAUUCGGGAACUGAUGCACCCUUGAAUGUCACAUUCAUGCGAGCUCCUUCUCAUGCAUUACUGAAGAUUGAUGUUCCUCUCGUAUAUAGAGGGGAUGAUGCGUGCCCUGGUUUGAGAAAAGGUACUAACCAUAUUUAAUUUCCAUCUUCGUCUACAAAAUUGCAAUGUGAGUUGAGCUGAUUUGUUGAUGCAAGAUUCAGUGCUGCAUUUUUAUUUUUUUCCUGCGCUCAUCUCUCAGACAGAACCAAACAUUGUUUGAAUUUCUCUCGACAAAUUUUCCAUCAUGUUCUAUGACAUUCACCGCAUUACAGAUGUGAGAUCACACGCGUUGACUCCAGGAUCAUGCAUUGUCCACAUUGUCCACUGGAGUAUCUAUCAUCGCCUUCUAAGACGACCAUUCCCUUUUGGUCUCUGCUGGACUGAUGCGUGAUCUCCUUCUUCACUUCACUCGUUUAUUCAAUCAGAUCCGCGACUGCAUUACAUCAGCCUUGAUCCUGGAUCGUUUGCUUCUCAUGCAAAUUCUCUCGAGUGAUUUAGCGUUUCUAGAUGUAUGAUAUUUGCUAGAAAAAUCCCAUUUUGGAAGAUGCAAAUAGGUCUCAUGGUUGUUACAGCCUAUGUUGUAUGGUUAUGGCCAUAGUUAUUUUUCCAUUGAUUUGGAUAGUCUGAUGGCAGCUACAGGCUGGUUCUAUCUUAUCAAAAGCUCUAUCUUUUCUUCUGAAACAUCCAUCGCCCAUACAUCGACUGUCUUCACUGGGAACUGAUUCGACCUGGUUCUCCGAUCCUUAAUGUUCCAGGAGGGCGAUUGAACACCAUAAAGAGGACGAUGAAGUAUCUCUGCCCUGCCGACAUCGUCCCUCCCUUCAUCGACGUUGAUCUGAGCGAGCUGGAAGCCGGGCAGAAGCUGCUGGCCAAGGACCUCAAGGUCCACCCGGCUCUCAAGCUCCUCCGAUCCCCCGACGAACCCAUCUGUAACAUCAUUGGAGCGAGAGUCUCGGAGCAGAGGAAAUCCAAGUGA